CCUCUACAGGAGCGUUAGCUGCACCUGAAUCUCGUUACACGCUAGACCCGACAUGCCACGGCGCACAGACCACUGACAUUUUGCAAGCUGUCUGACUGCUGUUUUCCAUCAUUCUAGGGCCACUGUAGUUUAGCUGAGCCAGUUUUCUCAUUCUUUAUUUCCCUCCUCUCUUUCUUCUUUACUCUAUCCCUCCCUCUCUCUUGCCCUCCCUCUAUCAUCCUCUCCAGAGACCUUGGGCCACACACACCUCUGCCUGCAGCCUGAAACAGAGAGAGAGAGAAUAAGAUUUUCCACAGUGUUUGUAACUGCUGUGAAACCAUGUUCCCUCUUCGAUCUGUCCUCUUGGCUGGCCUUGUCAGUCUGUGCAUCUGUCAGUACUAUGACUAUGACUACGAGCCUGCUGCACAGUCUAUGCCAUCCUCACCCAAUUGCGCUCAGGAAUGCAACUGCCCCAUCAACUUCCCCACUGCCAUGUACUGUGAUGACCGCAACCUGAAGUAUAUCCCAUUUGUCCCAACAGGAAUCAAAUACCUCUACCUGCAGAACAACCUUCUCCAGGAGAUCAAGGCAGGUGUUUUUGACAAUGUCACUGACUUGCGCUGGCUUGUCCUUGACCACAAUAACAUCACCAGUGACAAGAUUCAGUCAGGGACCAUUGACAAGUUGGGCAAACUGGAGAAGCUCCUCUUCAGCUACAACAAGCUGAGUAAACCUCCUGGCCUUAGCACCAAGUCCCUGGAUGAAGUGAAGUUCAUUGGCAACCAGCUUACUUCAAUUCCCUCAGGUUUGCUGUCUGGCAUGGAGAACCUCACUACUAUCCACCUGGCCAAGAACAAACUGACCACGGAAGGCAUCGCCGGGGCCUUCAAAGGACUGAAGUCAUUGAUGCUUCUGGACUUAAGUGAGAACAAACUAAGAAAGCUCCCAGCAGGCGUCCCCGCUUCCCUGCUGAUGCUGUAUGCUGACAACAACGAUAUUGAAACCAUCCCCAGUGGCUAUCUGGCCAAACUGCCUGAACUGCAGUACCUGCGUCUGUCUCACAACAAGCUUGCAGACUCGGGUAUUCCAGCAGGCGUGUUCAAUGUUACUUCUCUCCUGGAGCUGGACCUGUCCUUCAACAAGCUCAAGUCCAUCCCUGAGAUCAAUGAAGCACUUGAGCACUUGUACCUGCAAGUCAAUCAAAUUAACAAAUUUGACCUGCCCAACAUCUGCAAGAUUGUCUCCCCUGUAAACUACUCCAGACUGAAGUCUCUGCGCCUGGAUGGAAACAAUCUCACCCACAGAAGCAUGCCUGAUGAGGCAUCCAGCUGUCUCCGUCAGGCUUCUGAGAUCAUUUUUGACUAGUUUUCCACUCCCUGUCAACUUUGACCAGCUCCUUUCAAAGAUCUAUUCAACCAUCAGAUUUACACUUUAAAUAUAGUUACUGAGGGUAACUUUCCCUCACAAAUAGUGAUAGAACGCCAUAAUCAUUAUGUCAAUAUAGCCCCAAAUAACCAAUUAACUCUUGGUUAUUUGUUUAAGGAGAUCUGUACAUUGGAAAAAUGUAAUACCACCCAAAGUACACUGAGAUCUAUAUAUUAAAUCUUGAAGUAUACAUUCUUGGCACAUUCCAGUAUACGGUAUGAGGCACACAUGUAUUAUGAAUGUUAUGUAUGAGUAGUGCUUUAAUACAAACCAUGCUUGAACACCUUUAAUUUUUGAUCCUAUCAGUCACUUCAAACAUUCAUGUAUCUAAUAUUUAUAUGGAUCAAAUUGAAGCACAGAUCCUCAUUUGCUCUUAUGCUUUUGUAUAGAUUGUCUAAAUGCUGGCACCGACACUCUAUAUUUACUGUACACAUGAUAAUAAGCCUUCAGGAAUUAGCUUUAUAAAUGUCGUUUUAGUAAUCUCUGAUGAGCUAUAUCUGUAUACUAUCUCUUUUCUGUUUAGAAUUUUAUAUCAGUUUAGCUAAAGAUGGCAUCAGCUAUAUUACUCUAGGUUUCAUGUAGCUAGAAAAAGAGGAAAGCGAAGCAUUGCUAAAAAGUGUCUUGCAUUACUCAAAUAUUUAGAUUUCCUUUUCUUUUCAGAGUGUGGUCAUUAGUUAAAUCUACUAAGGUGUAACUUGCAAGUAUUAUAGAUUUAAACUGUGAAGAACUGCUAUAUAUUGUAAUGAAACUAACAUUUGAAUUACCCAGUAACAGCUUGCUGCUCCAUAAACUGCCAAGAUUUAUGCAAUAUUCUAAUUUACUUGCAUGCAAUUCAUCAUACACUCUCUAUAAAGCACUCUCUUCCACUUUUUAUAGGAACAGUAUAAACAACAUUCUACAUUCAACAAAUCGUGCACCUAUAUUUGCUCACAUUGCAUUGUUACAAUGUCAGUAAUUGAAGAUUUUGAGCAUAAUUGCAGGUCUAUUAUGUAAAAUAAUGAACUUUUUUUCUUUAAAAAACAGUUAAUUUUAAAGCAAAUAAAUCAAGUUUCCUAAA